AUGCCGGAUGAUUGGAGUAUCGUCAACCCUUCGAUGAUCCACUAUGACCCGCGCAAAUGGACUACCGUUGAUAACGGAACCGUAGUUGAAAUAGUCUCCGAGUACGGGGGAGCAUGGCCAGAAGACCUCAUAUCCCAGACUCUACGGCCUGUAAGAUUACGAUAUAAUGAAACUAAGUUAGACGCAGAAGUACAAAUCAGUAACGCGACUGCACCGACUGGUUUUAUACGGCACCAGUUCUACCACCUUGCUAACACCGAUUUGAGCUACAUUAUGGACGGUAACUACACGCUCUCGGUGUACGCUCCACAGCCCGUUGUUCAGGUCAUGUGCAACUUGAUUUCUGAGGGAUCGUUCGAAUCGGACACCGAAGUAAAAUACAUUCAAGAUAUUACGCUUAGAACUGCUACAAUAUCGACACUUGGCACGUUGAUCCAGAAGCUAAAUGAUACUGGCGAAAUGUCCGUCAGUGAUCAGAAUUGGACUAUCCACUCUUUUGAGCCUGUAUGGAUAGCUGCGCCCGAGUUAAGAUCUCAAGCAUGGAUUGGCAUAUUCUUCCAACACUUCUUCAAGUCAUUUGAUCUCAGGCCUAACGAGACAAUCAGAACUGAACCGAUAAAGCUGUCUGAGAUGGCAUCGUCAGUACAAAGCUUGUAG